AAAGUACAAGUACUCUUAAAAUAUAGCAUUCAUCAUCAUCUAUAAACCCAAAGGAUUAAUGCAUCGAAGACCUCUCAUUAGCUCGUUUGGUCUUUGAGGAGGACUUCAUACGUGGGCAGCAUGAAGACGAUCAGCUUCCCCUCGAGGUCAAAACGUGCCCUUCAUCUCAUGCUGCCUCUGGCUCUCCUCUGCUUCUUCUCAGGCGCGCCGCGGGGUGUCGACUCCGCCCGAGUCUUCGGCAUCGUCAACCUGUGCGAGGAGACGAUCUGGCCGGCCGUGACGCCCGCCAGCGAGAGCUUCGGCAGCGGCGGCGGCUUCGCGCUCCGGCCGGGGCAGUCCGUGGCGUUCACGGCGCCGGCGGGGGGCUGGUCGGGCCGCGUGUGGGCCCGCACGGGCUGCCGCUUCGACGCGUCCGGGAACGGGUCGUGCGCGACGGGCGCGUGCGGGGCGGCGCUCCGGUGCGGCGGCGCGUCGGGCGAGCCGCCGGCCAGCCUCGCCGAGUUCACGCUCUCGCCGGCGCGGGACUUCUACGACGUCAGCCUGGUGGACGGGUUCAACCUGCCGGUGGCGGUGCGGCCGGUGAACGGGCGGGGCAACUGCACCGCCGCGGGCUGCGACGGCGACCUGCGCCGGACCUGCCCGCCGGAGCUGGCCGUGCGGGCGGGCGGCCGGACGGUGGCGUGCCGGAGCGCGUGCGACGUGUUCGACACGGACCGCUACUGCUGCCGCGGCCAGUUCGGGGGCCCCGGCACGUGCGGGGCCACCGCCUACUCGGGGAAGUUCAAGGCCGCCUGCCCCACCGCCUACAGCUACGCCUACGACGACCGCAGCAGCCUCUUCACCUGCUCCAACGCAGACUACAUCAUCGCCUUCUGCUCCCAGAGGAAAGAUGUGUGUUCGUUCCACAACAAUCGGCUUGUCUGCAACGACUCCGGCCGAUCUUAUUGGCCGAUCACAUCGAGGCUCCUGCUUCUGCUGCCCCUCAUCUUUUUGGCUCUGCAGAUUUCAGCGUGAGGAUCAAGGAGCAAUCAUCCUGAUAUAGUACAUUCGAUCUUUCAGUUAUUUUCUUGUCCAUCUAAAAAUUAAAGGCGAUGAUGCCCUCAAAUUUGUAUAGGAUAGGCAGUAGGCACCAUAUGCGAUUACCCUAAAAGGAUAGGCGAGUUGUUGAUUAGGCCACGGCGAGUGCGCGCGCUUCGACGCCACCCUGGCCGCCGCCGGGCGGGUCGUCGGCCCCGUCGCGGCGCUGUACGCCAUCGACACCGAGGGGCGAGGAGGUGCAGGACUCCAACGCCGUGACCAAGCUCAACGGGCCCUGCGCCGUCAUGUUCUUCUGCCGGUACGGCAUCAACUGGGCCGCGUACGGCGGCGGCGAGUUCGCCGGGCUCGUCCAGCGCGUGCACGCCGUCUCGUCAUAGUCAUAUUGGGCUUCGGGCUCUUCGGGACGUGCCCGGCACGAGCCGUCGCCAGCAAAGCCCAAGCACAGUGGGCACGGGCCGGCCCAAUACAAUUCAUAUAUUUUCUCAAAAGAUAUAAAUAUACUCCCUUCGUGUAUUUCGUUUCGUUUCAUUAGUACAAUAUUUCAUUUAACUAAUAUAUAUUUUUAAUA